AUGCUCAGCUUAUUUCAGAGAAUGGAAGGAAAAAAGAAAAGACAAGGCUACUCGAGAGAAGACGAAGCCAAUAUGUGGAUGUUUAUAUACAGAGAGCUGAGAGAAGGUAAUCCAUCUGCUUGCGAACCAAAAGGGCUUCGGAUUUGGGACGACUAUACCACGAAAUGCGAUGUGGAUAGGACCGUGGACAGUUUGAAUACCCAUUUUCGACGUCAUAUGGCUGACAAUCUUCAUAAGGCCGAACUGAGUUGCAAUGUGAUGAUGUAUCUUUAUCGUCGACUUAAACUAACAAUGGAAUCCGACGUCAAAAGAGCGCUCGAAUUGAAGUUUACUGUGGAAAUUGAGCUGAACAGUGAUCAUCAUGUGAAAACCAUCAAGACAGUUGUGCGGCCACCAAGCAAUCAAGAAAAUUCUGAAGGAGAUCACUCAUCACAGAACCCUGCUUCUUCUAAUGAACGAGCACAGGACGAGCCUUAUAUCUCAAGCAGAACAGGAUCUUUAACACCUCCUCCAAAACGACGGCUAAAUUCCUCUUUGAAUUUC